CCUUGCGAAGCACCAUGGCCAGCAAGACCCCAGAGGACGAGCACCCUUCGGUGACACUCUUCCGCCAGUACCUGCGCAUCCGCACUGUCCAGCCUGAGCCUGACUAUGGGGCUGCUGUGGCCUUCCUUGAGGAGAGAGCCUGUCAGCUGGGCCUGGGCUGUCAGAAAGUGGAGGUGGCACCUGGCCGUGUGGUGACAGUGUUGACCUGGCCAGGCACCAACCCCAAGCUCUCCUCCCUCUUGCUCAACUCCCACACGGAUGUGGUUCCUGUCUUCAAGGAGCACUGGAGUCAUGACCCCUUCGAAGCCUUCAAGGAUGCUGAGGGCUACAUCUAUGCCAGAGGCGCCCAGGACAUGAAGUGUGUCAGUAUCCAGUACCUGGAGGCUGUGAGGAGGCUGAAGGCUGAGGGUCACCAUUUCCCCAGAACUAUUCAUAUGACCUUUGUGCCAGAUGAGGAGGUCGGGGGUCACCGAGGCAUGGAACUUUUUGUGCAGCGACCUGAGUUCCAGGCCCUGAAGGCUGGCUUUGCCUUGGAUGAGGGCCUGGCCAACCCCACCAGCGCCUUCACUGUUUUCUACAGUGAGCGGAGCCCUUGGUGGGUGCGGGUCACAAGCACCGGAAAGCCUGGCCACGGCUCACGCUUCAUCGAGGACACGGCAGCGGAGAAGCUGCACAAAGUUGUGAGCUCGAUCCUGGCCUUCCGGGAGAAGGAGAGACAGAGGCUGCAGACCAAUCCCCACCUGAAGCUGGGAGCUGUGACCUCAGUGAACCUGACUAAGCUGGAGGGCGGCGUGGCCUAUAACGUCGUACCUGCCACCAUGAGUGCCAGCUUUGACUUCCGUGUGGCACCUGACGUGGACUUGAAGGCUUUCGAGGAGCAGCUGCAGAGCUGGUGCCAGGCGGCUGGCGAGGGGGUCACCUUCGAGUUUGCUCAGAAGUGGACCAAACCCCGAAUUACCCGUACUGACAACUCAGACCCCUGGUGGGCAGCAUUUAGUGGGGUCUGCAAGGACAUGAACCUCACUCUGGAGCCUGAGAUCUUUCCCGCUGCCACUGACAGCCGCUAUAUCCGCGCCGUGGGAGUCCCAGCCCUGGGCUUCUCACCCAUGAACCACACACCGGUGCUGCUGCACGACCAUGAUGAACGACUACAUGAGGCCGUGUUCCUCCGCGGGAUUGACAUAUAUACCCGACUGCUGUCUGCCCUGGCCAGCGUGCCUGCCCUGCCCAGCGACAGCUGAGCUGCACGCUCCCCACCUCUGACCAGUGCCAAGGAGCCACUGUUCCCUCCCCCAACAAUAAAGUCAGUGUGGAAACAGGAGCUGCCUCUGAGGUACUAACAA